UUUUUUUUUUCUUUUUUUUCCUCUCUCAUUAUAUAAUAAACAUGAAAAUAAAAUAUCUUAUUUUAGUGUUUAUUUUACUUGUAUCUUCAUGUUCAACAACCCAGUCCGAAUACACAUAUAACACUAGUGAUUCUAUCUACAAGUCCUCUUCCAAUACAUGUAUUUCGUCUGAUUCAAGUUGUUGGCCAACACAGUAUGAAUGGGAUAACUUGAAUAAAACUGUACAUGGUCAUCUUGUGGCAGUUAUUCGGCCUGGAGAAACUUGCUAUAAAAGUGGCCCUCAUCAUGAUCCAGACCAAUGUGAUGCCUUUAAGAAAGGAUACUUUGAUGAUAUUCAGCGUGAAUCUUAUAUUGGCACUAUGCAAAACACAAAUUGGGAGGAUUGUGAAAUGGUAAAUAGUUGUCCUGUUGAUGUGCUAUCUCUACAGGACCUCUUAUCACAUCAUAACCUUUCAUCAUGUUCUCAAGGUGGUUUACCUCAUUAUGCUCUUAAUUCCACUUCACCUGACGAUAUUGCAACCGUCAUCAGGUUUGCAGCAAAGCGUCAUAUUGCAUUUAAUAUUAAGAAUUCUGGGCAUGAUUAUUUAGGAAGGAGUACCUCCCCUGAUUCGAUUACAGUCUGGACUCAUUCACUUCAAAGGAUCGAAUUUCAUACCUCAUUCCAACCUGAAGGUUGCAACAAGCAGUUAUCACAUCAAGAUGGAUUCUUUACGUUAGGCGGUGGUGUAAAAUGGCUCGAUGCCUAUCAGGCAGCAGACAGAUAUAAUGUAACCAUUGUAGGAGGCGCACAACCUGGUGUAAGCACAACAGGGGGUUGGUUACAGGGUGGCGGCCAUUCGAUCUUGACUCCAACAUUGGGUCUUGGUGUCGAUCAAGUUGUUCAACUUCAGGUCGUUCUCACAAAUGGCUCCUUUAUUACUGUGAACGCAUGUCAGUACCCUGACCUCUUUUGGGCUCUUAGAGGUGGAGGAGGAGGUACAUUCGGUGUUGUAACAGAGGCCACAGUGAAGACACAUCCUUAUGUUGAACUUCAAACUUUACAUGUCGCCAUCACAUCUGAUCUACCACAUGCUAUAAGGGCCCUUUUCCUUGAAUUUGCUCGUUAUGCACCAUAUUGGGCAGAAGAUGGAUGGGGUGGCUACCUUACAUAUCAUGAUAAGGGGAUUGAAUUUAUUUAUAGUAACCCACGUCUCUCUGUAGAGGCUGCAGCCGCGUCAGUAAAGCCAUUUUUUGAUUUUGUUAACGCUAAUCCGCAUACAAAAUUCUAUAAUCAGAUUCAAUGGGAUGCAUCCAGUCAACCUGGCUUUUAUCCAUUUUAUAUGAAUAUAUUAAAUACAAAAAAGUUACCCAUCGGUAUACCCGUUCAUACCUCUUCUCGUCUAAUUCCACGUGAACUCUUUGCAACUAACGAGACGAUCUCAAGGAUGGUGGAUGCAAUUAUGGAGGGAGCAAGUAUAACUCAUUCUGAUAUCUUGCCACCCAUGAGUUUUCAAAUCUUGGCAGUAACACCCUUUCAUGUACAAGACUCAAAAGGAGAGACGUCAGUACAGCCAGCUUUCCGUAAAGCAGUAUGGCAUUUAAUUUUUGGAGAGACAUAUAAGCAAAGUACACCACUGUCUGUUAGGAAGAAGAUUAUCAAGCGUGUUAGCAAAGCUGCAGACCCUAUCCGUCGAUUAACACCUGGUAGUGGGGCUUAUUUUAAUGAAGCAGAUCUGUUAGAGCCCGUAUGGCAUCAAUCCUUUUGGGGAGAUAAUUAUGAAAGAUUAGCAAAGAUCAAAAAGAAGUAUGAUCCUACUCAAUUCUUUAAUUGUUGGAAAUGUAUUGGAUGGAAUGAGCAGAUGUUGGUUGAUGACAAGAAAUACAAGUGCUAUCGUAGUACAAUUUGAACACAUAAAAAUAAAAUAAAAUCAAAUAAAACUUAUACUGCAAUCCUUUUCUUCCUUUUUCU